AUGGACGGGACAUUCGAGAAACGGGACUCGAAGAGGAAAGAUAUAAGGGUGGAGAAGAAGCGGGACGACAUCAAGAAGGACAUGCUGCCCCCUCGCAAGAUGAGAUCGGAGGCCGCGAUUAAUGGCGGGGCCGUCGUCAACAAGGGCGCCCAUCUCAAGGCUUCCACGCCAGUGAGGCGAGACGAGAAGGGGAACCAGGCCGGCAUCAACAGGAGGGAUGGGAUUGGGGCGAGGAAGGGGAGCGACUCUCUGUCUACGACCGCAGGCGACACCUCGCCAGCGCGAGUGAAGGGGAUGAUUAACGGCCUCCUUUCGCGAAAACGAACCGAUUCAGUCUCUGAUCAGGGGGCGGCACGCGCCGACGAUGGAGGUGAGGCAGGCCCGCGCAAGCCCACCCUCUCCUUCAAGCUUGCCCACGAGGAUAAUGCACUCUACGAUCCCUUCUCCUCGCCGCGAGGCGAUCCUCUCUCACCUCGGCCGGCCACCGCCAGGGGCGAUGAAUCGAGCUACCCGCUCAGCCCUCGCGAUCGAGAUCUGACUGGCAAUCACCACGGCGCUACUUCCAACUCUUCUCUCGACGUUGCAUCUGCUCCCUCUCCAAGCAUGGGCAAACGUAGAAGCCAAGAUGCCGAAUCGCUACGCAAUGCGCUGGCGAAGGAGGUGCAAUCGAGUAACAAUCUGCGCGAGAAGCUCGCCCUCACGCAGAAGAAGUUCGACUUCCUCGAGCGCAACCGCGAAGAGCUCGCCCAGCUGCUGGCCCAGCUGCGGCAGGAGCUGGGCGACGCAGCCUCUGGCCCGACGCCUCUGGUCAGCGACAGCGGCAGCGCCGAGCGGGACGCGACCGCUGACGUGGCCGCGGACGUGGACGCAGACGUGGACGUGGCCGUGUUGGAGCGGCGGCGGAGCGACGGGUCCGUCACGGAGGCGGAGAAGAGGGCCCGGCCGCGAUCGGGUUCGGCGCUCGAGCUCGAUGAGCAGCGGCGCAAGACGAUGGACGAGGGCACGGUGGACAAACGAGACGCGGGCGCCGACGAGGGCGAAGACCAGGCAGAGGAGGGAAGCGCCAAAUCGCCGUCCCCAGAGAGCCAAACCGAUCAGCACGCCGCGCUGUCCGAGCGUGUGAUGAGCCUCGUCGACCAGGCGGUGGCCCUGAGCGCACAGACGUGGGAGCGAACAGAGGAGGCGCGGAAGGAAAAGGAGCGGGAGGACAGGAAGCAGGCGCUGCGCCAAGAGCGGGACAAGAAGCGCGCCAACAAGCAGAGGGAGCGACAGCUGCGCGAGGAGCGGCGGGCCAAGAAGGAGGAGGAGGAGGCCGGUCCGAGGAAGAUAACGCUUGGCGGCGCCAAGCGGAACUCGGCCGGGUACUCCUACGGCACGGCGCCCAUCGACCUCGCCAAGGCGGGCCGCACGGCCAGCUCGCUGAUGCGAAUCGCGAAAGGCCGCUUUUCGCCGGCCCCGGAGAAGAACCUGUCGAGGAAAGCCAGCACCUACACGCUCGACGAUAUCCGUCACAUGUACAACGAUGCCCGUAAGGGCGGGCGAGGCUAUGUGCGGGAGGCGGGGAAGGAUCUGGGGCCGUCGGCGGUGGCCGUGAUCGGACACGGCGAGAGGAAGACGUCGCCGGUGCAAACGCGCCGCUUCCGACGGCGGUCGGAGCCGGUUUCACUCAUCAACCUGCCCAACUCCGCCACCAACCCCUCCCAGGCCGCACCCAAGCCCGACAAGACGCCGGUGGACGUGGUGCUGAAGCCGGCGAGCUUCGAGCACCUGGUGGUGCACCAGCAGCAGACACAGAAGCUGCACGGGUUCCUCCGUCAAAGGGAGCAGUCGCGCCGCAAGCACUCCCAGCAAGAUUUGCUGGACCUUCUGGGCGACUCAUCUGACGAUGACGACGGGAACCUGAACAACGCCGACGACGACAAGAAGCGGUUGAACGAGGGGGUGGCGGCACCAGCCGACGGCGAUGAGAGCCGGAGCCCCUGCGAGACCGAGAACGACGCGACCAAGGCCGACGCCGACAGUGGCGACGUGGGUGAGACCACGACCACCGCGGCGGCGGCGGCGGCGACGACGACUAAGACGGACGAGGACGACGGCGUCGAACCCAACGAGGCCGAGUACAGGCUCGUCGCCUCCAGGCUUUUGCGACUGGAGCACGAGCUGUGUCACGACCUCGAGCUCGUCGUAACGCAAUUCUGGCGACUAUUGAGCGACGGCGGGAGCGAGGGGCAGGAGCUGCUGGCGGGCGGCCGCGUCGCCCGGCUGUUUGCCAACGUGGAGAUGGUGUGGGCUCUCCACCGCCACCUGCUCUCCGCGCUCGAGCGCACCAAGCGGCUGCCCGUCGCCGACCAGGACAUCGCCGCCUGCUUCGCCGCCACCGUGGAGCACAAGUGGAUGUACGAGACGUACAGCAAGGAGCUGCGGCAGCUGAUGGUCGUCGUGGACUCGGCGACGUACCACCCGGAUUCGCUGUUCAGGCAGGCCGGCUACAGCCGGGCCGAGCUCAUCGCCCACCUGCAGAGGCCGCUCCAGAACCUGCUCGCCUAUCCCCACCUCCUCACCGAGUUGAGACACUGCGCCGGCACGAGGCACCGACACGGCGACGGGUUCGCGCGAGUCAUCGCCGCGCUGUCGGCGGUCGCCUUCGGAGGCGUCACGGCGCAGCCGCUGCUGUCGUCGGAGCAGAUCUCCAUCUGGUCCGUCCAGCACACGUUCCACUGGCUCGACGACGCGCUCGACCUGUCGGGCAACAGCAACCGGGCCGUGUUGCGCGAGGGCACCUUCAACAAGCUCUCGAGCCGAGGCGAGAUCAUCUGCCGACGCGUGUUCCUCUUCAACGAUCUCGUCCUCGUGGCCCGCGUGCUGCAGACGCGGCAGUGCCUGCUCAAGGCCGCCAUCCCCCUCGCGCGAUGCCUUCUCUACGAUUGCGGUGAAGGUUCGAACGCGUUCGAAUUGGCCGUGGCGGGCGGGGAGGAGAGGGCCGUGCUGAUGGCAUCGUCGAGAGAAGAGAAGGAGUCGUGGAUGGAGGAGCUCACGCGCUGCCUCCUCACGCACCACUCGCACGAGGGCAUCGCGGACCACAACCACCCGGACGACGGCGCCGCCAGUGACAAUGGCAACGACGAUGGCGGGGAGGAGGACUGUUGCGACGACUCGGCCGCGCCAGCAUCGCCGCUUUCGUCGUAG